UUUUCAUGACAUGGAUUUACGAUACGCAGAAAGGACGACCCCGUGAGGCUCUAUCAGUUCAGGUUUCACAGGAAAAAGAGAUACUAUUCCGUUAUUCGAUACUUAUUGAGUAAUUGCAUCUACUUAAAAAACACUCUGCUGAUCACGCAAACCAGGUCUGGACAUAAUCGUAGCCCGGAUGAUAUAGUAAAGAGGGUUGACAGAAUCGGAGACUGACGAGAAUUUCUGUUGUCGAAGUAAGUGCUCUUCUCAGGUUAGAAUGUCGUCUGUGGUUGAUGAUGGAUACAAAGGGACCGCUAGAAACAGCAUUAAAUCAUUUCAAGAGAAGAUGAACAAGUUGAAAAGCGAUUUAAAGGCAACAGAGAACAAAAUCAAGAGGGAUAAACAGGAAACGCUGGCUGCAAGAUGGAGAGAACACGAAGCCAAACUCAAAAUGAAGGAGAUGUCUGAAAAGAUCUUAGAGACAGAAGCAAAGAUCAGAAAAAUCGAAGACCGCAUUAAUUACCAGAACGGGCGAAGGAAAGAGAUAGCGGAAAAAUACCGAGAAAAUGGGCGAGUUGCAAAUGUGUUCGAAGAAUCCACGAUCAACAUAGAGGAAUUGAUGCGUAAACUUCACGAAUCACAGCGGCGCACAAUGGAAUUGAGGAAAAUGAACAAGGGAAUGUCACAAGUUGUUGCCAUACUGGAGCCUAAGAUUGAAAACGCAGAGCGACGAGAACAGAAAGCUCUUAACCGUGCGUUUUUGAUAAAUCAAAAGUUAUCUGUCCACCGUUACCUAGCAGCCAAAAGGCCUGAAGGAAUGUUGUCUCCUGAAGAGGAACUUGUUCCACAGUCCGACCAAGAAGCCAAAGUUAUAAGUAUGCAAGAGAAAAUCAGAGGGGCAAUUUUACGCAGGCGAGAAGCCGAAAAGAAGAGAAGUGCUUUGGAGAGAAAAAUUCAGGUUAUGGAAAAAGCGCUGGAUAACUUCAAGAGACGGAAUCUAGAGUUUCAAAUUAGUAAAAGGGAGCUUCUAAGCUCAAACUUUUUAUAAACUUGAAAAAGUUGAAUGUUGAAAAAUAUUGCUUCUUCAUCCGAUUAAAGACUUUCUUAUAAAUUACUUGCACUUCAUAGAACACCAGUUCAUUUAAAUCGGUCUUAUAGUUAAUUCCUAACCGGGUAAACUUACUAGUCAUCUAUCAUAAUCAAAGAGAUUGUCUUGAGAAUCAGGACAAUACAAACAUGCGCACAUACAGAUCACGAACGCAACGCUCAUAUAUCUUGUCUUAGUUUAGAUGUUUAAAUUGACAUAGCGAGAAAAAGAGUGUUUAUCAAAAGAUCCAAGAAGCUUACAAGCUUUUUGAAAGAUAAACGCUUCACGCAGUAAGGUGUGAUGUGAUUGUAUCGGUUAUUGUCCUCUUGGGAGAAUUUGAUUAGGUAAAUAAACAUUGACUACAUUCAAA